AUGUUGUGCACGAGCUUUGAUGCACUCAAGCCGCUUCUUUUUAAUUUACCCUCGGUGCAGCAGCAUCUUCAAAGCAUCGUUGAUGGUCACGCCACACUCAGCGAGCGCCUCACACAGCUGACGACAGAGAAUGGUGCGCCAAAUGAGAUUGCCAGCAUUAGUCGGCGCCUCGCCAAGGUGGCAGCCCUGACCGAAGUGAUCCACGCUCGCGAUAAGGCCCUUGAGGCCAUUGCUGAGCUCCAAGACAUGCUGAAAACGGAAGAAGACUCGGAGCUGCGUGAACUAGCUGCAAGUGAUUUGGCGCAAGAACAGACACAGCUGCAAGAAUUGGAACAGGAGCUUCUUCAGGCCUUGGUCCCCGAAGACACGGCAGACGAAGCCAGUGCUGUGGUCGAGCUGCGGGCUGGAACCGGGGGCCGUGAGGCGGCCCUCUUUGCCCAUGACCUGAAGUUAAUGUAUCAGGGCUUGGCUCAGCAACAGCGUUGGUCCUUCAAGGUGCUGGAUGAGCAAGCCACUGACGACGGCGGUCUACGUGAGGCCUCGCUGAGCAUAUCCGGCAGCGGCGUUUUUGGUAUGCUCAAGUUUGAGAGCGGAGUGCAUCGUGUGCAGCGCAUUCCCACAACCGAAACGGCUGGGCGCAUCCACACAAGCACCGCCACCGUGGCCGUUUUGCCCGAGCCCACUGAUGUUGAGGUAGAAGUCUUGGACAAGGACAUCCAUGUUGAGACCUAUCGUGCCGGUGGUGCGGGUGGACAGCAUGUCAACACCACGGAUAGUGCCGUGCGCUUAACCCAUCUACCGACGGGCACUGUGGUUGCCUGCCAAACGGAGAGGAGUCAGCACAAGCUUGAGCACAUCGUAUCCACCCGCGUUGCCAUUGAUCAAUGCGUGCUGUUUAAUCGGGUGCAUCACCUCGUUCAGAAUAAAGCAGCAGCCAUGAAGGUGCUCAAAGCCCGUAUUUUUGCUCAAGUGCGUGCCAAGCAAGAAGAAGAGCGUCGGGCCGCUCGGCGCGAGCAGAUUUCCACCACGCCCGGCGAGCGCUCAGACCGAAUUCGAACCUAUAACAUGCCUCAAGAUCGUGUGACAGAUCAUCGAAUCAAGGCAUCCUUGAACAACGUCGAAACGCUGCUCAAGGGCAUUUCGUUGCCUGAACUGAUUGUGCAGUUGCAGCAAUUUGACAACAGCCAGCGACUGGCUGAUCUAUUUGGCGAUGAAGUCCAUCUCUCAUCUUCAGGCUCGGAGAGCAAUUGA